GGAUGAACCCUACAAUGGACGCAAGAAUUCUAAGGCGAAGAUCUUACAAUUCGGAGUGAAAAAUUGAGAUGACGAUUAAAAUACGGAAGUGAAAAACUACCGAGAACUAUGAAACCGAGGAAAAUGUCAUCCCCGAAGUUUCUCACCCACGACAUAAAUCCGACCUAAGAAAAAAGAUAGCUAUUCACACAUCGCCCCACGCCUCUGAAUAAGAUGGAAACUCUGGCUACGGAGACGCUGCCUACCUCCGUAAUGGCCGAAUUUACGACGAGCCUCGUGCCAGCGGUGACCAGGGUUGACACUCGACCGGAAACCAGCCCGGUAGCAGUGAUCCUAGCGGUUUCCGUCGUCUUUAUACUGUCGCCGUUAACGGUCAGCGGGAACUCGGUCAUUCUCGCCGCCUUCUACAGGUACAAGAGGCUCAGGACAGCGUCAAACUGCCUCCUCGCCUCGCUGGCCGUUAGCGACUUUGGGGUCGGCGUCUUCAUGCCCUUCGGAAUGCACCUCGAGCUUUCCAGCAUGCCUGAGGACGGUGUUUCCUCCCUGUGCAUCGCCCCUUACUGCAUAGUCAUCACCCUCUGCAGUGUCAGCGUCCUCGUCACCGUCGCCAUCGCCGUUGACAGGCUCACUUCUCUGGCCCAACCUCUACGGUACAAAAACAUCAUCACCCAUAGCAGCAUAGAGAAAUACAUUGCUGUAUUUUGGCUCUACGCCAUUGUCGUCGGCCUAUCGCCCCUCAUUUACGCCAAAGUAACCGGCAGCACCCAGUCGCACAGUGGCAGCUGCAGGUUCAGCGCUGCGGUUUUACCGCCCGUCAGGGUUUUCCUCGUCGUCGCUGUCUGGGCGCCGAGCGCUUUGGUCCUCCUCGGGUGUUACAUGUACGUCUACCUGGUGGCCCGGUCUCACGCCAGGGCGAUAUACACCGUAGAAUUGUCCUUUCGACACCAAACCCAAACCCUGGCCUUGCCAAGAUACGGCCAGACGCUGGCCCUGACGGUCGGCGCCUUCCUGGUGCUCUGGUUGCCCUUUCAGACCUGCAUGCUCGUCGACAUAUUCUGCGGGACGAAGAUCCUAUCUGAAUGGGCGGUAAUCUGGCUCGGACUUCCGAUCCUGGCCCACAGCGCGGCUAAUCCUUGGAUCUACGCCUUUCAUCACGGCGAGAUGCGCGUGGCCGCCGGAAAGAUAGCGGAAGACCUCGUCGCCCUGGUCGGAGUGACGCCGAGUCGUUACGGAUGUUCGCCGACGAGGAGAGGGUCGAAUACGAACCUUGAAUUGGCGGAGGUGAUAAACAGCAAUGACGGACACAGACCGCGGCCGGAAGACUGCUUCGCAGCGAAGCACCACAGCGUAUGUGCGAGCCGGAAGUGCCUCGAGAUGUCGAGCAAAAUGGCAGACAUAUCACCGGAGAGAGACGCGGUGGUUGGUAACUCGUCAUUGGAGAGCAGGGAGGAGGAUAUAGUCGAGGAGAACAUCCACGACCUGACCAAGAUGCUGGACCCGAAGUACAUAGUGGACCGGAACCACGUGAUAGACUCCAACCACAACAUCGACAAGAUAAAGAACCUGAAGUACCUGCUUGAUCCGACCUUCAACAAGAUCCGCCACCUGCGCAGACUGAACCACAAGAAGAUGAGCGGCAAGAACUUCCCCAGGUUCCACGACCCGAAGUUCAUAUCAUACCAGAACCUGAAGAGCGACGGAACCCUAAACCCCAAGCUACUUCAGCUCAACACCAUGUCCGAUCCAGUGCUAAACGCCGAUAGUCCCGCCGUCGAGACGAAGGACUUCAGCGAAGCGAUUUGCGCACCGAGCCUCUGCAGUCAGCGGAGAAAUUCGAACCUGGCUUCGAUGUCGGACCCAAACCUGAAGGCGGCAGCGGCCGGAAACGCGGCUGAGGUCAAUCUCCGGGUCUUUCCUGCUUCCAGGGUUGUCCCCGAGAGUCACAGGUACUCGGUACAGAGUCUGGACCACAAAGCUGAUCACUGUCAACUGCACUCCCGGCACGUCAUACAGUGUCGACAGCUGAUAGAGAACCAGAGGCGGCAGAACGGCUACGUGAAACCGCAGCUGACGCUCCACAGGCACGCGGAUUCCGUCAGCCCGAUACUCGACCUGCGGUUUCAGAACAGCGUACCGGUUCACACGGAGGACGGAAUAUCGUCGAGGUCCUGCGGCGCUCGGUUUUGCCACCAGCACCAGGUACUGUCCCCGAGGAAAAUGACCAUCACGACAAACAGGUUGGCCAACUUUUAUCACCCGGAGUCGAGCACCGACCCCCUCAGGCGACUAGAACCUAGUAUGGAUCCCACGAUGCGGUUGCUACAGGCGAGGCAAAAACUGGAAAUCCUCAAGCACUCGGAGUCCAUAAACACCAUCGAGCCCAUGUCGCAUGUCCGACUGCUCGAACCCUCCAGGGUUUUGAACACCUUGACGGUGCCUACGAUACACUCCGAGCCUCCAAGUCCCAUAGAACCGAUACCACUGGACCCACUCAAGGAGGAAGAGGCCUUCAAGGGCUUGGAUUCUGGCCGAUUUACCAUGGCCGAACCCCUCAGACCUGAACCGCCGGUUCGCCGGAAGGUGAAAAGUCCCACAAGGCAUUCAGACCCGAUAGUCCCGCCGGUUUUACUCAACUUUGAAGACUGCAGCGACAUUCAUCCUACGAACAGGAUUUCCGCUAACGGAUGGGACAGCGAUCGGGAACUCUUCGACGCGGAGAGCCUGACCGAUGUCCUCGUUGAUUCCGGCAAAUCGAAACUUUCGGAGCCUGUUUUUUCGGAACACAAUUCCACCCGGCACAACUCCAGAAGACCGUCUGACUCCCGGUGGUCCGAGUCCUCGCGGAGCCAGGAAAUCCUCUCGAACAUCACCGAACAUCGCAUGUUUCCUUCGUCCUACUCGGUGAACAAUUUUCAAAACUGCAACAGCGGCAGUGACCUCAACGACGUGGAGUCCAUCGACCCCUUCAUGUGUCCAGAGGCCCUGAGCUCGUCACUCCAGGAGUCCUUCUUCAGCGCUGAACCCUCGGUACCGGGUUCGGACAUAUUCACGUCCUUUGACGAAACCGACGAGAUCGGAUUCACCACCGAUCUUCAAGUGGAGAGGGAGCUGCCGGAAACGCCGGGCUGCUUCACCUCCUCGAUGUCCACGACAAACCUCAAGAAGACCGAGACCUUGGAAAUCGAGACCCAGAGCCGGUCGACGGAGUCGGUUUUCAGGGCGAAUCUCGUUCCUGAUCCCUGCGCCGUCCUGAGAAUCGAACCAUCGAUACUCAGGCUCGAACCGUCGAUACAUCGGAGCAGACCUCAUAUACGACCCGGGAAGGGCUACAUCCUGAAGGAUCCCUCCAGACGGACUCUCAGACUUGCUCCACUCGCCAUUCCCACACCGACGGACAUCUCGACGCCAACUUUUGACUCAGUUUCCGAAUUCAAUGGUGAAAAUGGCGUUGGCGUUGGCGUAUGAGACUUGCGAAGGUCUGAUAAAGUUCCUUCAUUUUUCGCCAAUGCCAAACUAAGUAAUUUUACG